GGUUUCAUCCCAGUUGUCAGUCCGGUGUUUUCUCAGCAUGGAGGAGAACUACGUCAGACAUGUGGAGCUGUUGGGCUUCGAGAAGCGUUCGUACCCGAGUCAGCACUACGUUUACAUGCUGAUGGUGAAAUGGAGCGACCUCUCGGAGAAGCUGAUCUACAGGACGUAUCCGGAGAUCUACACCUUCCACAAAUCGCUGAAGGAGAUGUUUCCCAUCGAGUCUGGUGAGAUAGAAAAGAAGGACAGAAUCAUCCCCUCAUUACCAGCGCCGCGGUGGCUCCUCAGCCAGAAGUCACCAGAGACCCGGCAGAGCACCUUGACGGAGUACUGCCACUCGCUCAUCAACCUGCCGCCUCACAUCUCACGCUGCAAACUACUCUGCACCUUCCUCAGGGUCCGACCCGAGGACGAGAACCCGCCCGCCCCAAACCCGCUGAAGAGAAACGAGACGUUUGUGGUGUCCAGGGAGUUGGCGAGAGGAAACGCAUCCGAGAUUUCCGGCCCGAUCAUCCUGGACACCUACAGAGUGAUCGCAGACUUCGAGAAGACGUCCAAAUACGAGAUCAAUGUGCACACCGGAGACCUGGUGGAGAUCGUGGAGAAAAAUCAGAACGGUUGGUGGUUCUGCCAGUGCGAGUCCAAACGAGGGUGGAUUCCUGCGUCCUACUUGGAGCCCCUGGACGGACCGGAGGAGGCCGAGGAGGACGAGCCAAACUACGAAGGAGAGCUGUUCGUCUCCAUCAAAGCCUACAAGGCUGAGCAGGAGGACGAGAUCUCUCUGGAGCUCGGAGAAACCAUCUCCGUCAUCCACAAGCUGCUGGACGGCUGGUGGGUCGUCAGGAAAGGAGAUGAGACCGGUCAUGUCCCCUCCAUGUUCCUGCACAAAGCUGGCAAGAAAGAGAUAUACGAAGCAGAGAGGACGAAGCUGCAGGGAAAGAAACCUCCACCUCGCAGGUCCACCAUCCGAAACGCCAAGAGCAUCCACAACAAGUCUCGCCAGCGGCUGAGCCAGGACUCGUACCGCCGGAACAGCCGCCGCUACCUCCAGCAGAAAGGAGGGAACCCCAAGACCGCCGCCAAGUCACCGCUGAAGGAGAGGACGAACCAGGAAAACAUUCCCGAAAUGUCCGGCUCCAGUUCGGAGAGCGAGCCGAAGAAGGAGGCUCCGGUCGUCCCGCCCCGGCCGAGUCCGGAGCUCAUCCUGGAGCGCUGCAGCGACAACACCCGCAAGAAAGUCAGCAUCCACAGGUCCAGCAGCUAGAACCGGGGUUCUCCAUACGACUAAUUAAAAAAAAGAGACGCAAUAAAAAGAAAAAGAAAAAGAAAAAUAUCUCGACUCUGCUCCCAUCUGGUGGUCAAGUCAAAAUAACUAAUUGUCUAACCCUUAAGCUGUCAUUCAGUGAUCAGGACAUCAUUUUGAUAACAGUAUUGAUGUGUUUAUGCCUCUUUUAUUCCUCAUAUGUAAAUGUGCUGUUUUCUUCAAAAUAACCAUGAUUGUCUUGAGAUAACGAGACAGAACCAGGCUAGCCAUUUCCCCCUGUUUCCAGUAUUUGUGCUAAGCUAAGCUAACUGGUUAAUGUCUGUAGCCUGAUAUUGUUUUAAUACAGAGAAUAAGCAUAAUUCCUAACAUCAAUGUCAAACUACUCCUCUAAGACCUGAUCAUCAAAAACUAUAAGAUCUCAAGAAAACAUUUAAUUAUUAAGAAUUUGUCUGAAACAAAUAAAUAAGAGCACCAUAUGUUAAUUUGAGACUUCUAACCAUCCUUUAAUAUUCUCAGCCGCUCUGAGCUUCCGCACGCAGCUCAACAUCACAACAGUUAAACAAAAAUGGCAGCACUCGCAAGAAAAAAUAAGCCACGAAGAAGCUACAUUUCUUAGUUUAAGUUGAAUUUAUUUGGCCGCAGUGUUAUUAAAGUAUUUAUAUUGAGAAAAUAAAUGUAUUUAUGUUUUUGGCCUUAUGUGUGGAAGCUUUUAGAUUCAUUUCUAGGUAUCUAUAGAGCUUUGAUUUGUAUGUAUUUACCUAAAUAAAUGUACAAUAAAACAAAAAUGUUUAUUUCUGCGCUCUUUUCUCAAA